AGCGGCAGCCGCGGGUGUGGUCAGUCAGGCGCGGGGGGAGUGGGGAGGGCGAGGGGGGAAGGCGAAGGAACAAGGAGGAGCUCGGAGGGACGGGCGAGAGCUUGUCCUCGUCGCGGCUCGGCUCGGCUCGUCUCGUCUCGUCUCGUCUGGGCGCAACUGUGGGCACGGGCUGCGCGGUUUCUUGGAUCGCGAGGCGCAAAUGAAAGCGGGCGGAGGGCAUGCGGAUGAGCAAUGUGGGGGGCUUUCGUCGGUGAAAAGAAUUGAGUUUCGGCGGAUAUUUUAAAGGGACCGAAUCCUGCAGCCGUGGACCGGCAAUCGCGACUGGGUUGCGUAUCUUCGGGAAUUCUUAAGCUGCGUUUAGCUGAUCGGAUGGGCGAUUGGAGAGAUGUAGCCGCUGUAGUGUGCAGAUCGGAGGAGUCCACCGGCUCGAAGCUUAGAAGAAUGUCGGUGCUGCUUUUGGUUUUGGUUGCGGUCAGCUUUCUGUCUUUGGGAGCAUCUGCUGCUGCUGCUGCUGCUUUAUGAAGCCGAGACCAGAGGUUGAAGAUCUAUGUCCUUUCUGGCAGUACCCUCUUUUGUUGAAAGAGCGACUCCUGUGAAAUUUCGAAGCUGCAGCUAUUAUCGACGGGCAUGGUGUCAAUGCUAAGCUAUCGGGGAUGUUAUGAUCGUAGAGGAGUUACCAAUUAGGGAGGAGUCCACGAAACCGACCACCUUUGUAAUAAAGCACUUUUAGUCGGGGAUUUACCAGGGCGUGACGAGGAAUUUAGGUCAGGCCUGUAUGUGCCGCGGAAACACAAAUCCCUACGGAUGAGUCGAAGGUUGAGCGAUGGUCGGAGGUCGACCCGGCGUCGCUUCUCUUACACAUCCAUUUUAUUAUUCGCAGGUCUAGUCAGUUGCUGCUAUGUGAUUUUCUGCGUUCCGAGGCUCAUUCCCUCUAAGCAGUUACUACAAGUCGAUGGAAGCGGUGCCGACAGCUACUCUGAUGAGAGGAUUGAUGUCAGGCCCGAGUUGUUGGGCAAUUCGGAGUUGUUCAACCCAGCGUCUGUGGCAAGGCAGCUGGGAGAUCAGUUGACGUUGGCCAAGGCUUACGUCGUAAUGGCGAAGGAAAAUAGCAAUUAUGGAUUGGCAUGGGAGCUCAGCGCACAAAUUCGAGCAUGUCAGAACCUUCUGUCGCAGGCAGCUACCAGUGGCACACCGGUUUCAUUUGCAGAAGCUGAACCAGUGAUGAAAGCUCUGUCUGCCUUGACUGUACAAGCCAAAGAUCUUCAUUACGAUAGUGCGACAAUGAUCAUGAAGCUGAAGGCACAAAUGCAAGCUCUGGAGGAGCGCGCCAAUGCAGCGGCUGCUCAAAGCACGGUGUUUGGACAGCUUGCGGCCGAGGCUGUUCCCAAGGGCCUGCACUGCCUCGGAAUGCGACUGACCAUGGUAUGGGCUACGACAGGUGAUUUACGAGCCGGUGUCGAGAGCCGAAAGCAGGACAAGAGGUUAACGGACAACAAUCUGUAUCACUUCUGUGUCUUUUCCGACAACGUGCUGGCCACGAGCGUGGUCGUGAACUCCACCAUCCAAAAUGCCGAUCAUCCGGAUCGGCUGGUCUUUCAUGUCGUAACGGAUCACAUGAACUACGGCGCCAUGCAAGCUUGGUUUGCCCUGAUUGAUCUUCACGGUGCAGCGAUCGAAGUGCAAAGCAUCGAUGGAUUCACGUGGUUGAACUCUUCUUACGUACCGGUGCUGAAGCAGCUUGGGGACGCAGAGACCCGCAGCUACUACUUCAAGUCCGGAUCGACCGACACCAAAGCUACCCUGAAGUUUCGCAACCCCAAGUACCUGUCGAUGUUGAAUCAUCUGCGCUUCUACAUACCAGAGGUGUACCCGGAGUUAAAAAAGGUUGUGUUUUUAGAUGACGACGUCGUGGUCCAAAGGGACGUGACGGCCUUAUUUUCUGUUGAUCUUCACGGCAACGUCAACGGAGCAGUCGAGACUUGCUUGGAAAGCUUCCACCGCUUCCACAAGUACCUCAACUUCUCGGACCCCCGAAUCAGCUCCCACUUCGAUCCAGAGUCUUGUGGAUGGGCUUUCGGGAUGAACGUGUUUGACCUUGUCGCGUGGAAGGCAGCCAACGUAACAAGCAGGUAUCAUUAUUGGCAGGAGCAAAACGUCGAUAGAACUCUCUGGAAGUUAGGCACCUUGCCUCCUGGUCUCCUGACCUUCUACGGACUCACGCAUUCACUAGACCCACGGUGGCAUGUGUUGGGCUUAGGAUACGAUGCAAACAUCGAUAGUCAGUUGAUUGAAGGUGGAGCCGUCGUCCACUUCAAUGGGAACAUGAAGCCCUGGCUGAAACUAGCCAUGAGUAGAUACAAGCCUAUAUGGGAAAAGUAUGUAGACUUCUCCUUCUCGUACGUGCAACAGUGCAACAUUCAUUGAUAGUUUAGGCCCACCGUUGCUGUUGCUACUCAGCUGACAUCUCACAAAUCAAUGCCAUUCUUUGAGUCGGCUCACUGUAAAUCACGUGUUUAGGUUUUUGUUUCUUGAGCCUAUCAUAAUAUACUCCGGAUUCGUUGGUCUCGUUCUCGUUCUGGCC